GCAAGCUCCCCACAACAAAACAACACACAACAACAUCCAACAUCCCCACCUCGUCGUGGUCGUGAGCGAGUGAUCGAGCGAGUGAGUGAGUUCCCGUCGGAGGAGGAGGAAGAGGAGGCCAGAUCUAUCGCUCUUUGUUCUUCUCUUUACUCUUCGACCCACUUCCCCAUUUCGCUCUUAUUCUGCCCGUGGAUUUUUUCGCAUUGCUGGGUUUCUCUCGUCUUGGGUUCUCCGCUCGCUCGCUCGCCCGCCAUGGCCAUGGCUGCUGCGUCUUCCACCCUUCCAGCCUACCAUGGCCUCCGCGGUUCGCCCUCGGCGAAUGCCAAAUCGAAGCUCUCUUGCGUGAGCGCGAAUCCUCCCUCGCGGGUGGUGGUCCGCGCGCUUGCGUCGAAGCCCUGGGCUGCGUCCAAGACUCUGCGUCAGGUGGCCGCGCAUGCCACGGCUGUUGCGAGUAAGGAGGCUGUGUCAUCGUCGUCGUCGAGCCAGGGAGGACAUGAGCUUUUGAUGUUCGAGGCUCUGCGGGAGGGGCUUGGCGAGGAGAUGGAGCGGGACCCGAACGUGUGCGUUAUUGGGGAGGAUGUGGGAGACUACGGGGGUUCUUACAAAGUGACGAAGGGGUUUUCGGAGAAGUUCGGAUCCUGGAGGGUGCUGGACACGCCCAUCGCAGAGAAUUCCUUCACGGGCAUGGCUAUUGGAGCUGCCAUGACAGGGUUGAGACCCGUUGUGGAGGGAAUGAACAUGGGGUUUCUGCUGCUGGCGUACAACCAGAUCGCCAAUAACUGUGGAAUGCUGCACUACACGUCAGGCGGGCAAUUCACCAUCCCUGUUGUUAUCCGGGGGCCUGGAGGCGUAGGCAGGCAGCUUGGGGCGGAGCACUCGCAGCGGCUGGAGUCGUACUUCCAAUCAGUGCCUGGCCUGCAGAUGGUUGCUUGCUCGACGCCGUAUAACGCCAAGGGGCUGAUGAAGGCGGCGAUUCGGUGCGAGAACCCUGUCAUAUUGUAUGAGCAUGUUUUGCUGUACAACCUGAAAGAGAAAAUCCCUGACGAGGAGUACACCUGCUGUCUGGAGGAAGCCGAGAUGGUGCGUCCGGGAACGGACAUCACAAUCUUGACCUACUCCCGGAUGAGAUAUCACGUGACGCAGGCUGCAAAGACCCUGGUGGACAGAGGGUACGACCCAGAGAUCAUCGACAUCAGGUCUCUGAAGCCAUUCGAUAUGUACACAAUCGGGGAGUCCGUGAAGAAGACGCACAGAGUGUUGAUUGUGGAGGAGUGCAUGCGAACGGGCGGUAUCGGCGCGAGUUUGAGGUCGGCGAUCAUGGAGAGCUUCUGGGACGAGCUAGACGGGCCAAUUGGGUGUCUCUCGUCGCAGGACGUGCCGACCCCGUACUCGGGUCCGCUAGAGGAGCUCACGGUGGUGCAGCCGCAUCAGAUCGUGACAGCUGUGGAGAACCUGUGCGGUAAGAAGUGAGUGUGAGCGCCGCCGCCAAAGUACUUAGGAUUCAGAAUGCGGGGUAGUGGGCGUUGUAUUACGCAUGAGUAACAGGCAGCAGGUUGGUGAAGCUGGUGGUAGGUUGAUUUACUUAUUUUCCGGCGGAAGCCUAUGUUUCGGAGAUGCGCAGGUGAAUUCAGGGUCAUCCCUCUUUCUGUUAGCGGAAAUUUCUAGAAUUGAAAUCACUUAAUUGAUUGGUAGCUGAAGAGUCCACAGUAGUGUCUGCCAUUCAGUUAUGACAGGGAGUAUAAGAGUAUUGCAGUUUGUUCGUUUUAGGCUGUGAGGUUGUAAGAGAUGAGCAGGUGUAGUGUUGUGUGGGCACUUUUAUUGGCGACUUGUAUUGGUAUUCCUCGUAUGAUUCUAUUCAGAUCUGGAUGAACCUG